UGUCCUUUCGGAGGUUGAUUGUCAAAGUUGACUACUUUUGGACUGACAGUUAUUGUUCUAAACAAUAUUUUUAAUCAACCUAACCGUUAAUCGAACCAUAUUGCUCAGUUGUUCGUAAAGUGUGCUGAUUCAACUUGAAAUUGAUCAAGAAUUACCAUCCAAAAGUGGUGAUACCUUUUUUGAUACCUUUUUUUGUAAAUGUACUGACGGUCCAAGCAUCAACAAAACCUAUCUCUAAUUGUUUUCUUAUCCUGUCAUUUUUAUUUAUUUACUUAUUUAUAUUUAUUACUUAUUUAAUCAAAAAAAGUGUUUCUACUCUGUUCUGUGCUUGGUCUGAUCAAAGAGUUACACCCUCUACUUCAACCAGACCGUCCUUUUUGAUAUUUUGUGUUUCACUUUUUUCAAUCUCAAUUUGUUCUUGUUCUUAGAGUUAUACAGUUUUUGUAUUUUCCUCCUCAUCACUGUUUUUGUUUUGUAAAUAAUCUAAUUGUUUAAUUAUGUCCGACACUGGAUAUGUUACUGGUUUAUCAGCCUUGUCAAUCAUUGACCAAUUUUCGUUCCUUGAUUUGAAACAGUACCUUGAUUUAAGUGUUGAUAAUGCUUGGCUCAUUUAUGCCACCAAUCCUAGAUCUGCCAUUGCAUUUGUUUUGGCCAUUGUUUAUAUUAUUUAUUAUCUUCUUAAAGUAGUAAAGAAACCAGAUUUUUAUUGUCGUGAAAGCAGAUUCGGCUCAUUUAUAUUGAAAACUUGUCCAGUAAUCCAAGAGAAAUUUUAUCCAACUCUUUGGUGUUUUGAUACACACGCUCAAACAGCCAUUGCCAAUGCUAUCAGAGGAGCGAUGCCUAAUCUCAUUUAUAAAAGAGAAAUCGUUGACCUUCCUGAUGGUGGCCAGGUAUCCCUGGAUUGGUAUGAUGGUCCACCCAGACCAAAGGAUAAAUUCAACGAUGAAAACCGGCCAAUAGCUCUCUUCAUGCCUGGUUUAACUGGUGAUUCUCAAACCGAAUACAUUAAGAGCCUGAUUCCAAAUGCUCAUGCUUUCGGCUAUAGAUCUGUGGCUUUCAACAAUAGAGGAAGAGGAGGAAUGAAACUGAAAACGCCAAGAUUAUACUGUGCAGCUAAUUGUGAAGAUGUCGAGUUUAUAAUCAAAUAUAUCAAAGAUAAAUAUCCAAAAGCCAAAAUAGUGGCCACAGGAGUUUCCCUUGGUGGUAUCGUUUUAUGUAGAUAUUUAAUUCAAGCUGGAGCAAACGCUUUAGUAGACGCUGCAAUGUUAAUCUCUGUUUGUUACGAUUUAGUGGAAGGUUGUAGCAGCAUGUCUAAACCGGGAUUGAACAUGCUUCUCAAUCAACAUCUAGCUAAAUCCUUGUGUAGAGUUGUAAGGGAACAAAAACACAUUUUGGAACAAUGCCAUCAAAUUGAUUAUCAUGAAGUAAUUCAAAGCACAACUCUUAGACAAUUUGAUGAACGAUUUACCAUCAAAAUGUGGAACUUUAAGACACCUGAACAUUAUUACAAGGAAGCAAGUAACAAAAGUAAAUUAUCUUACAUUAAACGACCAACACUUUGCAUUAAUGCAGCUGAUGAUAUGUUUGCACCAAUAUAUUCCUUACCCAUUGAAGAAGUGAAAAAGUCAAGCCACGUUGCCUUAGUUGUAACGCACAGAGGUGGUCAUAUUGGUUUCAUGGAAGGUCUUUUUCCAAUGUUACCCUUCUUCUCGGAGCGCCUGUCAAAACAAUAUCUCAGCGCAUUAAUCAGAUUAGACGACAUAAUAAAUGAAUUUUCAUAAUCUUUAAUUUCCAAAGACAACAAAUGGAUAUCCAGAUGACACAUUUAACCAGGGAUUCUAGAGAACAGGAAGGAUCCCUCAGGAUUUCUUUUGAUAAUAGAUUCUGUUUUCUUUACCCUUUAUUGUUAGCUUUUACUUGGAUUUCUUCUCAACGCAACUCGAAUAACUCAAAUCGUCCAAAAAUUCUUUACAAAGAACAAAACAGAGUCUUAAAAAUUACUGAUCUACAUUUGCUUUGUGGACAAAUGAGAAAUCAAACUCUCUAUCAACGAACAUUUACCACGACUAAAACUAAAGACCAGAGUUCCAAAGAAUUAGACAUUUCAUCAUAAUCUUUCAAAGCAGCUGUACAUUCUGUAAAUCAGCUUGGGUGCUGUGCACCUUAUACACAAAUCACCUUCCUUCCCUUUCUGUACCAUUUCACUAAUAAUCAUGAUAAGCUUUGCAAGUCAAAAAAGCUUUCAAUAGUCAAUUUUAACUGAACAAUAAUAGAAACAAAACCCAAUUUCUAACAACGUGAUCAUAAUUCCCACCGAAUGAAACAAAUCAAAUGAUUAACUACCUUAAAACCCUGUGAAACUGUAGAGUCUUGUCAAUAUAUUAUUUUAAAACUAAACUUGUGAUUUUGAAAAUUAUAAUAUCAAAAAGAGUGUCAAUUAGUAAACCAACUAUUCUGAACACUUGAAGCAAUCCGGGAUUACCAUUUACUUAUUGAAUUUUCCCAAUCUAUUGUCAAUAUAGUAACUUGGUUUGUCAACUACGAACAUGGUUAAAGUUGGGAAAAAUAACACAAUUAAACUGACCUUUUCAAAGAAA